AUGUCUUUCGAAGGCAUCACUGGCACGGCUCGCGAGGACGUGUACCACUUUUCAAAACCUGGCCUUGGACAUCCUUUGGCGCGAUCAAUACACCCUCCUUCCUUUAUUGAAAUGUCUCCCACAGGAUUCCUGGGCCAUUCAAAACAAAAAAUUUGUCCUCUUUUGUGUAAUCUGUCAGGUGUCAUACUGGACAGCAACGACUUCAAUGGUCUCGCCAUUUUUCCUCGCCUCGUAAUCGGCCCGCAUAUCAGGACAAUAGAAAUUGACUACUUGAAGGACUCGUUUUCAUGGUCGAAUCUAACGGCCGUGCUAAAGAAGGCUGCACCGACAAAUCUUUCAAGUUUUAUGCUCAAAAGAGUUGCCUCCACUUUAUCGUGGUCGGAGGCUGAGUCGUUGGAGCUUUUGUUGAUCCUCCGCGGUGCUAAGAUACUGGACACUGCUCGCAUGUUCCUCACAUCCCGUAUCAUAUCCCUCAUUGCUACAUUCCCUGCGCUCGAAGAUCUCAAGUUUUCAGUCACAGAACGGGAGAUGGAGGGUUGCACCCCUUCUAUAAUUACGAAUAGUUUCCAGACCAUCACUUCCCUGGCCAUUCGCUCGGAUUCUGACAAUGCCUGUCAAAUGAUGCUCAUGAGGAUACAGUCAAGAACAUGCCGGUCAUUGGAGCUCACCCGAACCUCACACAAUGACUGGAAUGUUGAGAAGCUUUUUUCAGCUCUUUAUGCAUGCAACGUGGCGUCAAGCCUGGAAAGCUUACAUGUGGACUAUGGGCUAUGGACGGACUACAAAUCUUUCAACAUAAAUGCUCAUGCGCUCAAACACUUGCAUUCAUUCAAGCAUUUGCGCGACUUAACUAUAGACCCAUCUUCUAUUGAUCUGUGUGACAACGACCUUUUGGAAUUUGCCAAGUCAUUACCUCAAUUGCGAUCACUCGUUUUCUUUGAAGACUACGUCCUAAACAACCAGCCGAAUUGCACAUUCAUCGGAAUGCAGCACAUCAUUCAGUUCUGUCCAAAUCUGCAAGACUUGGCUCUUUGUGUUGACGCACGUCAAAUCCCGAUAUUUGCUACCCAGCCUGACGGAGAGUAUCCCGUUGGAUUUCACCUUACUAGCCUCAAUCUCCGGAAUUCCCCUGUCUCGAAUGCCUGCGAUGUUGCAUCCUAUCUGAUCAUGCUGCUUCCAGCUCUCAAGAAAUUUCAGACUGCAUAUCUGAGUGAUGCAACAAUGGAUCUUGAGGAGGGGCAGGUCGACAUCUAUCAGGCAAUCUGGUUAGAAGCAGGGGGACUACUGCAACACACAUUUACCUCACAAACACAAUGGUGA